AUGGCGUCGGAUUAUGGACUAUAUCGAGACCAAAUUCAUAGAGCAUAUCUACAAAAAGGUCUUGCUUGGUUUAGUGAAUUUCCUAAUUGGUUGGAGUAUAGCAUAGCAAAAGAUGCAGCAUUUUGUUUAUGUUGUUAUCUUUUCAAAGCCGAUAUUGGAGAUCAAACUGGUGGUGAUUCUUUUGUUGAUGUCAAAGUGGUUGCAUUCAGCAAUGCUCCACAAAAUCUCAAGUUAACAUCUCCUGAUAUUCAAAAAGACAUUGUAAAUGUAGCCACAUUUGAUCUUGGUAUUGAGCAUGUUGCUAAUACGAAUGCUCUCUCACUCAAACAAGCUGUGGAAAAUUUAUUCUCCAGACUUGGAUUGAGUAUUUCCAAAUUGCGAGGUCAAGGAUAUGAUGGGGCUAGUAAUAUGCAAGCCAUGGCAAAGAAUCAUAAUCAAAUUGCUUUAUUUUUCACUUUGGUUUCUAAUGUGGUGAAUGCUGUUGGAGCAUCAUGUAAAAGCCGAGAUAUUGUUAGGGAGAAGCAAGCUGCAAAAGUUGCUGAGGCACUUAACACUAGAAAGCUAUCUAGUGGGCAAAGCUUAAAUCAAGAAACUAAUCUUAAACGUGCUGGUGAUACACGCUGGGGUUCACACUAUGGUACUUUAGUCAGCUUAGCUAGUAUGUUUUCAACAAUGAUUGACGUGCUUGAAAGGAUUUCAGAGGAUGGUUUAAAUUCAGAACAACGAGCAGAAGCAAAUCUUCAAAAGAUGAGGGAGAGUGGGUGGACAUCUUUACUUGAUGAUAUUUUGUCUUUUUGUGAAAAGCAUGAAAUUGAUUUUCCCCAAAUGGAAGAUAUGUUUGUAGCUCAAGGGAGAAAAAGGCACAAUGCUCAAGAAAUUACAAACUUACAUCACUAUCGUGUUGAGUUAUUCUACACUGUUUUGGAUAUGCAAAUUCAAGAACUAAAUGCUCGUUUCACUGAGUCAAACAUUCAGUUGUUACUUUGUGUGGCAUGCUUAAAUCCAUCUAACUUUUUCUCUAGUUUUGACGGGAAAAAGUUAAUUCAUCUUGCUGAAUUUUAUCCCAAAGAAUUUUCUUUAGUGGAGCUCAUUGUACUUGAUACAUAUAUUAUCGACAUGCUAUCCAGUAGUGAGUUCUCAAUGUUGAAUGGAAUUGCCUAUCUUGCUAAGAAAAUGGUGGAGACUGGAAGAGACAAAGUAUAUCCUUUGGUGUAUUUUCUCUUGACUUUAGCAUUAAUCUUACCUAUUGCAACUGUUACUGUUGAGAGGGUAUUUUCAGCUAUGAAUAUUGUGAAGAAUCGGUUGCGAAACCAAAUGGGUGAUGGAUGGAUGAAUGAAUGA